UCACACUGCGAAGCCCACCUGAUUGAGCGAAUUGCAAUACAUUCGAAACUGCGAAACUACUUUACUUAACAGAUAGUGCGUGCCAAACAAAUACAACAUUGUUGCGAUUUCGUUGGGGGCGUGGCCACAACAAAUCCCCUCCAGUGCAACAACAACGCAGCACGUGGAGAGCAGAAGCAGAGGCGAAAAAUAGGGAAAAUCCCGGGAAACCCCACGAAAUGAAGAGCAACGUCAAUCAGGGCGGUUACGCCCCACCCGGUUUCGGAUCCGGAUUCCAACCGAAUGCUCCGCCCGCCGAGGGAUUUGGCUACCCACCGCCCAGUGGCGCCCACAACGCCCCCUAUCCCCCCAACGUCCCUGGUCAUCCGCAGCCACAUCCACAGCCGACGCCGCCCAUGAAUUACGGGUUUACGCCAGGUCCUCAGCAAGCCGGAUACGCACCAGUUCCCCAGAUGCCGCCGUACGGAGAAGCGCCGCCCUACGGCGCCGGACAACCACCUUACGUGGGUGGUCCAGGUGGACAGCCACCUUAUGUGGGUGGUCCAGGUGGACAGCCAGCCUACGGAGGAGGAGCACCACCUCCACAGGCCUUUGGAGGGUAUCCCCCAGGACCAGCAGGUCCUCCAAGCGCAUUUGGCGGAUAUCCACCGGGACAGCCACAACAGCCCAUCGUCACGCAGCCGGGAAUGGGACCGGGAAUGGGUCCGGGAAUGGCCCCACAGGGCGGACCAGCAGGAGACUGGAUGAGUAUACCUACCGGAAUUCCGAACUGUCCGCGCGGAUUGGAGUACCUUACGACUAUCGACCAGCUUUUAGUUAAGCAGAAGGUCGAGCUGCUGGAGGCCUUCACGGGUUUCGAGACCAACAACAAGUUUACGAUCAAGAACGCCCUGGGUCAGAAGGUCUAUUUCGCGGCGGAGGACAACGAUUGCUGCACGCGCAAUUGCUGCGGUCCUGCGCGUCCCUUCGACAUGCGAGUCUUCGACAACUUCCAGCAGGAAGUGAUCCACAUGCACCGCCCGCUGGCCUGCUCCUCCUGUCUGUUCCCCUGCUGUCUGCAGAGCAUCGAGGUGUCGGCGCCACCCGGCAAUGUUAUCGGCAGCAUCGAACAGGAGUGGUCCAUCUGCUCGCCAUCCUUCCGCAUCCUUAACCACGUUGGCGACACGGUGAUGCGCAUCGAAGGACCUUUCUGCACCUUUUCGCUCUGCGGCGACGUCGAGUUCAAUGUUGUUUCGCUCACUGGUGAGAAGAUCGGCAAGAUCUCGAAGCAGUGGUCCGGCCUGGCACGUGAAAUUUUCACGGAUGCGGACUUCUUCGGCAUCAAUUUCCCACUGGACUUGGAUGUGCGCAUGAAGGCCGUUCUGCUGGGCGCCACAUUCCUCAUAGAUGCCAUGUUCUUUGAAAAAGCCGGUAACCGAGAGACCGAUGGGCCCGGAAUGCUAUAGGAAUCAGGUGGUGGCUUGUGCAUCGAUUGUUUGUGCCUGGGAACUAAAUGUGGCGAUUGUGGCGAUUGUGACGAUUGUUGCGAUUGUAAGGAUUGUGGCGAUUGUGGCGAUUGCGGCGAUUGCGGCGAUUGUGGCGAUUGCGGCGAUUAACUGUUGUACAUUAUCUUGAGUUGCUACUUUAUACAAUUAUCUUCCCGGUGAACAACCGCGUACUAGUCUUCUGUACAAAAUGCUUAUUGAUGAAAAUGGAUCGCACUAAUGGAACUCCUUGUUAAUUUUGAUACUGAACUGAACAUACUGAACUCAGGCUUCCCACGAGAGAGGAAGAUAAACGCUUUUCAACGCUUAGAUUUAUUUUUCUUGCGUAAACUUGUGUUAAGUAUUCAACGAAUAAUCUUCUUUAUUUAUGAAUUUAUAAUGAAGCGCUGAAGCGACAACUAACUAACGAAUGAUUCGUUAUUGAACCAUGUACUUUAAACUGUAUUUUGAGUGUCUUAUGGAUAAAAGUAUAUAUUUAACCUUGCCUAUUGUUAAGCAUCAGAGAAUAUAUAUAUGUAUACCCCUACUGAUAUUACGAAACAGUAGAUUUUCUUUUUAUGUAUGUAUUACAACAAAUGUUAAAUAAAUCAUAAACCAAAAUAUGUA